AUGGCAAGUGUCAGGGACAGCGACAUAUCUUUAUGGCUGCACAACAAAUUGGGUACGACCAGCGACACAUGGAUAAGUGGCUCCAUAUGUACACAAUUGACGUCCGAUGUGUUGCGUAAUAUAAAAGAUUGCUUCCCCGAUUUACAAACUCAAGUAAAACUGAAACUGUUACUAUCAUUUUUUCAUAUUCCAAGAAGAAAUAUUGCAGAAUGGAGAACAGAACUAGAAGAAAUCUUAGAAGUCGCUUGCGUAGAUAGUGAACAGUGGGUAUCUAUGUUAGCCGAAAUGAUGAAAACAUUCCCAUCGACCGGUAGCCUCAAUGUAACAGAAUUUUUUCAUAAUGAAGACAAUAACAGAAUAUUCAAUGAUUUAAUUACAGAUUUAAAAAAAUUAGUACGAAAAAAUAUGGAUUACACAAUGUUGCCUUUAGAAUGUCUUUAUUUGAACAAAAAUGCUCUAAUUAAUGUUGUGGGCCAACCGCCUACUGCAAUAAAGCAUUUUAACUUAAAAAGAAAACCCAAAGCAGCGGCUAUUAAAGCUGAACUUUUACAAAAAGCUGGUGAUGCAGCUAAUCAUAUUAAGAAGCAUGCAGCUCCCACUGUUCCAGUACGAUCGAGAGGCAUGCCUCGUAAAAUGACUGAUACAACUCCUUUAAAAGGCAUACCAAGCCGCUCAAUACCUAGUGGUGGAUUCCGUUCUAAUCCUGUAAAUAGCACUAUGGCUACUCCUGCAAGACCGGGAGUGCGUAAAGACUGUGGUAUUAAAAUAUUAGAAAUAACUGAGCAACCUAUAGGUUAUGCUCAAGCUAAAAAGCGUAAGAAGGCUGAAAUGGAAGAAAACAAACGUCUUUUGGAAGCUAAUAAUGUAUCAACUUCUGGAACAACUUGUCAGCCAAUUACAAAAACUGAAGUUACAUCCACAACACCAGACUAUGCUGCUGGCUUAGCUCCUCUAAACCCACCCACUCCAGCACCAUCUACACCUCAACACGUACCUAGUUAUAUAGCGCCUGCUACGCCUAUACCAGCAGAACCUCUAAAUGAGCCUGCAAGUGUUUCAAGCGCUACUCAACCAGAAGCUGAAUCUCCACCUGCUGCUCCGGCUGCUUCAAAAGUCAUUCAUCCACCAAUGGUGCAAAUGCAAGUGCGCUCACAGACUGCCCAAGUUGGGGUAUCUACAACAACUACUUCAAAUACCGCUGCUCCAACACAGCUUUCUCUAACGAGGAGUCAAAUGGAAGAAGCACAGGACAUGUUUAGAAAUGCUAAUAAAGUAACUCGUCCAGAAAAAGCAUUAAUAUUAGGAUUCAUGGCAGGGAGUCGAGACAACCCGUGUCCUCAAUUGGGCAGCCUAGUAACCGUUAAAUUGAGCGAAGAUCAUGAGACUGUAUUGCAAAAUGACCACACCUUAGUAAACAUGCUAGUUGAAACACACUUCCAAAUGAAUUAUAAUACAGGAGAAUGGAAAAGAAUAAAGAAAUAUAUCGAGCUGGACAGAACAAGUAUGCCAGUAGCCAGUAGUCAACUGGCUGCAUUAGCAGCUGCCGCCACUGCAUUACAAAAUCAAUCUUGA